AAAGAGUAAGAGAACUGUUACGUUGUCACUUAAAGUCAAAAAAAAUAAUUUUGUUUUCAAUAUUUUUGGACAAGUCUUCCACAAAAACAAAUCAAUUUUGGAUCAGCAACGAAAUGAUAUCCAUCGAAGAAUUGGUAAACGAUGUCGACUUGUUCACUGCGGAUGGUAUUGCUGAAGUUUGUGCUAAGAUCAACAGGCUAAACGAAAACGCGAAUGAUCGCCUUGAUGCCGUACUGUCUCGUCAAUGUCAUAUAGAGUCAAAGAUGAGCGGUAUUGGUCGUGCCUUAUCCGGUCUAUCGUUGGUGUCAAAUGAUUCCCGAAAUCUGAACGAAAUGAUUAGUCAUACCGCUGAAUUGUCUGAGAAUGUCAGUGCAAAGGUUCGUCGGCUGGAUGAAGCAAGGUCACGAGUGUCAGAAUGUCAACAGCGUGUUCACGAUCUCAUUGACCUGCAAUUGUGCUCCCAAGGUGUAACGACUGCCAUCAAAGACGAAGAUUUCGAAAAGGGUGCCGCCCACAUAAAUCGGUUUCUAUCAAUGGAUCAGCAUCUGCUACAAAGAACAGCUGACGAUGUGUCCGGUUCAAUAACAUCAGUUAGCCAGGCGGUUAGUACGCUGGAAGCAGCUUUGCAACAAAUGGAAAAAAUAGUGUCACAGAAAUUCGAUGAAGCCGUCAAGAAAGAUGAUCUGGCGUCAGUGGAAAGAUUUUUCAAGAUUUUCCCAUUGUUGGGUAAGCACACUGAAGGCAUCGAGAAAUUCUCAAAGUACAUCUGCAGUAAGCUGAAAACAAAGUCCCAAAAGGAAUUGCGAGCGUCGAUGGAUGUGGCUAAAGCAGAAAAGCGAAUGGCUGUAGCCUUUGCCGAUACGUUAACUUUGACAUUGGAAAAUAUAGCAAGAGUAAUCGAGGUCAAUCAACCAAUAAUCGAGAAUUUCUAUGGUCACGGACUGCUGUGCUACAUGUAUCCAUUGCUGCAGAAGGAGUGCGACGAGGAAGUGAAACAACUGAUAAUGGAAUUCCAGAAAAAUCGACUCAUCCAACGUCGCAUUACGAAUAUCAACGAUUACAUCAAAAACAGUGGCCAGUCGUCGAUUGGCCAUUUCAGGAAACCUUCAGGUGGCUCGGUCGACAAGCUCAAUCCGAAAGACAUUGACGCGCUCAUCGGAGAAAUUACGGUUAUGCAUUCCAGAGCCGAGUUGUACAACAAAUUUAUGCGACGAAGAGUCACAACCGACAUUGAAAGUUCAACAUUGAGCACUGCUGAAAAGCAGGACCGUAUCCGAGAUUUUGAACUGGCCCAAUCGAAAUCCGAUCUGAGCAGACACAUGCAAGAGCUGCUGGGAGUUUAUUUGCUUUUCGAACGAUAUUUCAUGGAGGAAAGCGUUCUUAAGGCAAUAUCAAUGGAUACCGUUGAUCCGAGCCAACAAUGUUCCAGCAUGGUAGAUGAUGUGUUCUUCAUAAUUCGCAAGUCGCUACGUCGAUCGAUAACAACUCAAUCGCUGGACGGUAUAUGUGCAGUCAUCAAUAAUGCCGCAUCGUGUCUAGAAGGCGACUACGUCAGCGCUAUAAAAUCCCCACUGAAAGCUGGCUAUCCGUCGGGUUACAUCGAUCUGGCCCAAGCGUACAACGCAUUUCAAACAUCCAUUCAACAGGGUAAACUACAAACCAGUGACACAGAACAUGCCCGCAUCAAUUUCAUCGCCCAAUUGAAUAAUGCGGACAUUUCAACGGAAUACAUUGAAAGGCUGUGCACUGGAAUGAAGGAGGAAAUAACGGCUACCUAUUCAGGUUUGACCGUUAAAGAAAACGAUAUCCUCGACAGUUGUUUAGCGGGAUUGAACUCGGUGCGAGACACAAUGAAGGCGGCCGUUGACUUUGGCUUGCAGCAGUUGCGAUCGAUUGUGUUGAAACCACGCUUGAACACCUGGAUCGAUCAAUUUACGUCGUACAAUCACAUUUUAACCGAGGAUGAACUAUCGACGUAUGAGGCUGGUGAAACAUUCGUUCAGUCAAUAAUCGUUCAGCUAGACAGCCUGUUAGUCUCAUUCAAAUCGAGCAUGAGCCAGCGGAACUACGAUGCAUUAGUCAGUAUCGUUGCAACGGAUGUGGCUGCACGGCUUGAACGAACGAUCAAAAAGUGCACGUUCAACCGACUCGGUGGCCUAGUAUUGGAUCAAGAGGUGCGAACGCUUGGCUCGUAUUUGACUGGUGCUGUUGCUUCGUGGUCGAUACGUGACAAAAUGGUACGAUUAACGCAAAUUGCAACAUUGUUGAAUUUGGAACAGGUGUCUGAAUUAUCGGAAUAUUGGAAUCCGUUGCAUCGAGACGAGACACCCGCUUGGAGGCUGAGUCAUGAUGAGCUUCGUAGCAUAUUGGCACUGAGGGUCGACUUUCAUAUGGAAGACAUCAAACGAUUGAAACUUUAAACUCAAUUCCUUUGUGAAACGAAAAGUGGAAAAAUAAAAUUCAAAUUGGCUUA